AUGGACGGGGACGAAGACGUGGUCAUGGGCGAAGCCCGCGCACCACUCCCCACAGGACACACCACCAUCCCCAUCGGAGGCGGUCGUCCUUCUCCCCCAUCCGCGGAGGACAAAUCCCUCACACCAGAAGCGCAGAACGGCACGAAAGAAACCCAGUCUCUCCUAGCAACCUUUCAUCAAAAGGUACAUAGCCCCGCAAAGCUGGUCAAGGAAAUUGAAGACCAUCAGGCUGGUAUCUCUACGCCUGGCAACGAUCCUACUACCGGCACCCCUCGUCCGACAGGACAUAUCAAGCCGGAACCUGACAGUGCCGUAGAUGAAGACGCUGAAGACUCGGAUUGGUCCGCUGAUCACCAUGAGGGGCGCAGCAGGGCGUUGCAUCGUGCUCAGCUUCCAACGGGAUAUUGCUAUGAUAAUCGGAUGCGGUAUCAUUGUGAAGUGAAGCCGACGUUGGAUGUGCAUCCUGAAGAUCCCAGGCGCGUGUAUUAUAUCUAUCGCGAGCUGGGAAGGGCAGGUCUGAUUGCUGAUGAGGGCGAGUUUCAGGGGUCGUUGGUACCUCAGCCGUUGAAGAGGAUUGAGGCAAGGGAUGCAACGGAAGCAGAAAUCACCUUGGUGCAUACCAAGGAACAUUACGAAUUUGUCAAAAACACAAAGGACAUGUCGGAAGAUGAGCUGCUUGAGCUUGAACAAACCCGUGACUCGAUCUACUUCAAUUCGCUAACUUUCACAUCUGCACUCCUAUCGUGCGGUGGUGCCAUCGAGACAUGUAAAGCCGUUGCAGAAGAGAAAGUCAAGAACGCCAUUGCCGUCAUCCGUCCUCCAGGCCAUCAUGCAGAGAGUAAUAAGACGAUGGGAUUCUGUCUGUUUAACAAUGUCUCUGUGGCUGCGAGGGCGUGUCAGAAGAUCCUUGGCGACAAGUGUCGUAAGAUUAUGAUACUGGACUGGUCUUUGGACGGAACUAGAGCUGACUGGACUUAUAAUAGGGAUGUUCAUCAUGGCAACGGGGUUCAAAGGAUGUUCUAUAAUGAUCCAAACGUUUUAUAUAUUUCCAUUCACGUCUAUCGAGACGGCAGCUUCUACCCCGGAGGCGAUGAAGGCAACUGGGAUUAUUGCGGUGAAGGACUAGGCCUCGGGAAAAACGUCAAUAUCCCCUGGCCGACCCAGGGAAUGGGAGACGGAGACUAUCUCUACGCCUUCCAAGAAGUUGUCAUGCCAAUUGGGUAUGAAUUCGAUCCCGACCUGGUCAUAAUCUCUGCCGGAUUCGACGCUGCUGCCGGGGACGAGCUAGGAGGAUGUUUCGUUACUCCACCCUGCUACUCACACAUGACGCGCAUGCUGAUGAACCUUGCCAACGGGAAAGUUGCCGUAUGCCUUGAAGGAGGCUAUAAUUUCCGAUCAAUCUCUAAAUCGGCGCUUGCAGUUACGAGGACUUUGAUGGGGGAGCCGCCAGACCGCCUUAUUGCCCCAUCUGCUUCCCGCCCGGCAGUUGAGACAGUGCGGGAAGUUGCUAUGAUGCACGCGCGGUACUGGAAAUGCAUGUAUCCGAAGGGCCCGUCGUCGAAUUUUGCAGGAAACCGUGUCCACGGUAAGCAGCAUGAGAUAAAAGAGGGGAAAUAUGGAGAUAGAUGCAUUAAUCCACUUUGCCUAGAUAUCAUCCGCCAAUAUCAAGCGAAGCAGCUCUACGACGAUCAUAAACUCACUAGCCUGUACAUCUACCGAGACGCAAUCUCCAAAUCGUUCGAGAACCAAGUGCUUGCGAGCAACAACUACGACAAAGUUGAUACUCUGCUUGUCAUAUUCCACGACCCGCCCGAGCUGAUGGGUAUUCCACACCCAGUGACAAAUGUGCUGGAGGCUCAUAACACUUGGCUGCUAACCGGAAACAAGGCUGAUAAUGUCAAGGAUUAUAUUUCAUGGGCGGUUGAACAUAACGUGGGAGUUAUAGAUGUCAAUAUCCCGAAGCACAUAUCAGAAGCCGACAACUCCAAGAGCUAUGAGCGGGAAAGCCCGAACAGGGCCUUGUACUCGGAACAACUUGCGGAGUACCUGUGGGAGAACUACAUCGAGGUCAAUGACACCAGCCGCAUCUUCUUCAUGGGUGUCGGCGAUGCCUUCUUAGGCCUGGCUAACCUACUCAUAAACAAAGAGAGGGUGCACACCAUGGUAAGCGGCGUGAUCUGUUUUGUCGCGGAAAACCCCGUGCGUGCCGUGGCAAGCACCACGAUCACCUGGCUCUCCAAAUGGUACAAAGAGAACUCUAUCGUCUUCGUCUCUCACCGACACAUGGUGUGGGAAGGCCAGGAGUCGAACAAGAAACAGUUCAAGCGAUAUGGACGGCUGGUCAAGUCGACGGAAGCGCACACCUUGAACGAGAUGCUCGUCAACCACAAAGAGGACGUCUUCAAGUGGAUAGAGGAGAGGGUCGAGGCCGAGGCGUCAGAGAGCAGUUCUUGA